AUGUCUCCUGGCGUCGAAUUACUUGUACAAGGAUUCAGUGUCAGUAUUUGCAAAAAAGACAUACAUACCCUCAAAGGUUCCUCGUGGCUUAAUGACGAAAUUAUCAACUUUUAUGGUCAAUUAUGUAUGAAGCGGUCCAAAGAUUUUCCUGAAAAGUAUCCUAAAAUCCAUAUAUUCAAUACGUUUUUUUAUGAAAAGCUUAGAACUCAAGGGUAUAGCAGUGUUCGGAGAUGGACUAAAAAGGUGGAUCUGUUUUCAAUAGAUUUAAUUAUUAUCCCAAUUCAUAUUGGGAUGCAUUGGACUUGCGCCGCUAUUAAUUUUAAAGCAUCGCAAUUUGAAUAUUAUGACUCGUUGUUGGGAGAUAACUACUUGUGUCUUGAGCUAUUGCGCGAUUAUUUGAUUCAAGAAAGCAAUGACAAAAAAAAGAAACAGCUUGAUUUGGAUAAUUGGGAAAACUGGAUUCCAAAGAAUAUUCCUACACAACAGAAUGGUUAUGACUGCGGCGUGUUUACCUGCACAUUUAUGGAGUUUUUGUCACGGCAAGCUCCGUUCACAUUCUCCCAAGAAGAUAUGGGAUUGAUACGUCGACGGAUAGCGUAUGAGAUUUUAACAAUGAAUUUAUUAACAUCUUGA